AUGUUGUACACGGAGUUGAGGAUGUCGUCUGUCGAUCUGGGUCUCGUUGAACUUGACGCUCUGCGGCAGCCGGAUGCGCGACGUGGCGAGCGAGUCGAGCGUGAAGACGGUCCACCACACGCGCUUGCGGCGCGAGACCUCCUGCGGCGUCAGGUACGGCUGGCGCAGGUGCAGGUUGAGCGAGAGCGCCCAGCGCGUGGCCACGCCGAACCACACGUACGAGCCGGUGAUGCGGUUGAGCGACUGCAGAUAGUACCCGAUGAGCAGCGCGGUCUGGACCGCGGGCAGCGUCGGCAUCUCGACGUGGACGGGGAAGAUGCGCGCGCCGGCAAGGAAGUACUUGAGGCCGGGCGUCUUGUUGACGAAGUGCCGUUUGGACGAGAGCUCGCGGUCGAGCUCUGCGAGCGACAGCUGGUGCGACUUGAUCGAGUAGAGGAUCUGCUCGCCGAUGGCGAGCGUGAUGAAGAUCUUGGACAGCAGCUGCGGCGAGAAGCACACGCCUGUGUCGUAGACGCGGCUGAACUCGGCCACAAACUCCGUCUCCUCGUACAGGUAGUGCGAGUCGCGGAAGUGCGCGAGACACAGGCUCACGAGCGGCUCGGCGUACUCGCGCGCCGGCAGCGAGAAGACGCAGUCGUCGGUCGCGGCGAAGUAGAGGUCCGACACGUGGUAGUUGAUGCUGGACGGGUGCGGCGGCUGGACGCUGCGCUCCUGCUGCUCGGAGUCGCCGAAGGACACGUUGAUGACGUUGUCGAGGCGCUCGUUGUUGGUGUGGAACUGCAGCGGCAGGAAAGCGCGGUUGUCGGUCUGCGAGCUGGUCUUGCCGUUAUCGGCGGACUCGCCGUUGAUGUAGUCCUCGAGCUCCUUGAUGCGCGCCUGCAGCAGCUGCAGUUGCGACUCGAGGAUGAUGAUCUUGCGGUCUUUGAACGGAUACACGCACUCGUUGCCCGUGAGCUUGCAGUUGUCGCACGUCGGCUUCGCGCCAGAGCACUUGAUCUUCUGGUUCUUGCACCGCACACACGCGAUGUGGUUCCUGCCGCGGAAGAUGAUCGGGUUGAUGUCCGAGAGCAGUUUGGGCGAGCUGAGGAUGUCCUUUUUUGA